AUGAAUAAAAAAACAAAUUUAGGGAAACUGGAGUUAGAAGAUAUCAUGAACAACCUGUCAGAUUUAUCCGAUCUUGACUCAGAUGAUGAUGCCUAUUACCAAACAGCCCCUGUAACCAGCCCGGCAGAUUACCAGAAUGAGUCUCAAGAUGUUAUUGUUGAAAGGCGUCUUGAAGAGUUGUUUGGUGUAUCUGAUAACUUUGAAGAAACUAUUGAAAGCCAAGAAAUAUAUUCAGUAGAAGCACUCACAGAUAUUUUAGAAAUAAAUAGUCCUAGACCUAUUGGUAGUGUGGGUGAGACAACAGGACAAUAUGAUGUUCUCCCAACAGAGGAAAAUAUUGCAACUUAUGAAGAAAGCUUUGUUAUGGAUUGCAACCAACGAGAAACUGAAAUAGAGCAAUGCUUAGAUGAUAUCCGUGAAGAACACUCCCACUAUACUCCAAUAUCUACAGAUGACUUAAAUGCAAGACCUUCAAGCAGUAAUGUUAUUGUAACAGAACCGGAUCGUCGCUCAAGAUCAAGCAGAACUAUGAAUACAGUAAGACAACCAAGGGAGUGGAAAAUUGAAACAGAGAUACACAAUGUUCCUGAAUUUACCAAUUCAAUUCAACCACAAUCAACAUAUAGUCAUAAAACGCGGCCUAUCGAUGUUUUUCAAAACUUUUUCCCAGAAUAUUUAGUACAAGUUCUAGUGGAACAAACAAAUAGAUAUGCGAAAUUUCAAAAAUUAUGCCUAUCAAAAGAUAUAAAAAAAAUAACUGAAAAUUUACACAUAAAUGACAAUGAAAAAGAACCAAAUAGGAACUCACCGGAAUACGAUAAAAUGUACAAGUUGAGAUCAAUGAUUCAAGAGCUUAAUAAAUUGUUCCAGCAGGAAACAGGUAAUUCAAGUAAACAAUCAAUAGAUGAAUGCAUGGUGAAGUUUAAAGGAAGAUCAUCUUUAAAGCAGUAUAUGCCAAAGAAGCCAAUCAAGCGUGGCUUCAAAAUCUGGGCACGUUGUGAUUCUGUAACCGGCUAUCUGUACCAGUUCGAAAUUUAUACCGGGAAAGGAGACAGUAUGGAAGACGAGGGACUGGGGUACAAUGUGGUCUAA